AUGGCCGAUGAGGAAUGGAUCGCCGCUUUCACUCUCCCACUCAGGCUAGUGGGCAUUCCGGUCGGCGGCCGGAAAUUUCGGGCACUGACCAUCGACACUACUACUGCAGAUCCGCUUCCCGUGUGUCGUCUCCUCUGUGACCUCACAAACAUCGCGACCGCGCUAAUAAUAAGAUUUCCAUGGCUGCUGCGACUUAAGCGCCAACGUCGUCAGCCGGCGCAACCCUGCGAGUCAGAAGUCCGUGGUGCUGAUAUGUUUCAUAGCCAGCGAAUCGAGUUGUCGAGCCCCAUCGGAGUGGAGUUCACGGGCUUGGAUUUCAUAUGCAGAACGUUUCCUUACGCCUGGGCUGGCUCGUUGCCUGCUUUAGGGAGGAAAAAAGUGGGAAGGCCAAGUAAGAGGAAGAGCAGAAAGGACCCUGUAACCACUACGGAGGAAGAGACAGACAUCCGCAGCAUGUACAUGCCAACGCGCCGCGGGAUUGCAUAUGCCUAUCUUCAUGAUGAUGACUUACCCAGAAAGGUAAAACGAGGGGGACGUGAAGUUGCCUCGACCCUUAUCGACUCCUCAUCAUCUCAUCAUUUCAUCAUCGUCAAGAGAAGAGGGGGCAAGGCCUGUGGCAUGCUGAUGAACCUUGGAGCUACUGCACCGUCAGCCACCUUGUUGGCACGAAAUCAACAUGCCAUCCCGGUCGAGGGGACGGGGGAAGGGGACGAAUGGCAGCCAGGCCAGAGGCUGUUAGAUUUUAUGUCCUUUGAUUCGGUGUUACGGGAGGCGUUGAGUCAGCGAGGGUCCUUUUCCGAGGUCGCUCAGUCCUUGACUAGUAACUCAAAGAGAGAUAGUUUGAGUUUUAACACUAACGGCCCUCGGGGCAAAGCGACGAAGCAGAAAAAGAAAAUAUUGCCACGGCCGACCUUUCGAUCGGAGACAAUUGCCAAUAACCGUGGCGCCUUAGUCAAUAAUGCUCCAUCGAAUCCAGUCUCAACCGAUCUUGACGUGCUACGCUGGAGGGCAGUUGAGGGAGUCACUGGUACAUGGCCGGUACGUGGCUCGGACGUGGGACGCCAACGAGAGCAGGCUAAUCCGAUGCAUGGGCGUAUGGGGCUAGCUUCCAAUUUGUCCAAGAUCGAGAAAGGGCUGAUAAUCAUGAGACUUGUCAAUUGA